GCUUCCAACUGUAAAAUAAUCUUUUUUAUUAAUAUUUUCAGCAAUAGCCAAAUUCAUUUUGCCAAAGCAUAGAAGAUAGCCUUUGUAGAGCAGGGUGAGCUUGUAGACUCCUCCUUUCUCCAGAGUAAAAAAUCAUAGGCUGUGUUUCAAAACUGAGUGAGCUCCCUACCUAGACAACACAUAUGGGCGUAAAAUGCACGAGCCGUGAGGCCCAAAAAACGCUGCCUAGAUAGGCGACUCACUGGGUUUUGUACGACAACCACACUGUCCGGAAAUUAACAAACUCGUGAUGUCAGGAGGAGUGGGACAGCGACACAAGUGAAAUUAACGUUUAUUUCACAAGUUUAUCGGAAAAUAAAGCUGUAACGUUCGCGACCAUGGAUUUAAUUCGUGAGAUGAGCUAUGGACGUGUUUUUUGGGAGACUAUGGAUGUUGACUGGUCCAAAGUGAACGUGUUUUAACGCGCGUGCUUCCUAUUCUACAUCGACCUAUAUUUCAGCUACCAUGACUCGACUUGAAUUAGAGCAAGUUACCGAUUUCGGAGAUUUCACGAGGGGAACGGAUUUAAAAGAGUUUUUAAAAGAGGCGUACUCCAACGUCGCUUCCCAAAGCCUGUCAGAUGUUCGUCUGAGUCCAAAUGGACGUCACAUUCAUGUCAUCAUGCGUCAGCCCACGAGCGGUCUUAUGACAUAUGACAGAUACCACAAACCCCAUUUAAUGCAAUGUCAGAAGCACGCUGAUCUAAUGCUGACCCGCAGUGUCCCGAUAGUGGAUGUCAUUUACAUCGCGCAAAGCAAAGAAGACGGAGCAUGCGUACUUGCAGUCAUUUUUGAGAACGGAAAAGCAGAAUUUUGGAAAUUCCUAGAGUGCAGGCCGGGAUGGCAAUUACUCCAGACUGUGGAUCUGUGUAACAGCCCAGCAGCAAAAGUGGUAUCAGUGUGUAUUUGUGGGAAUUUCAUUGUUUGGUGUGAGGAGAGACCCUCAUGUGAAAGCUCCUGCAGCAACUUCAAAUACUGUGUCUGCAAACAGACUAUAGAAGUAAAUGAGGGGGGUGUCAGUUUGGGACGUCUUAAAAUUGCAUUAUUUAAUAAUCCUCGAUACACUGCUAUCACUUCUGGGGAUUUGGUGUACCUUUUGCCAGACCUGACUGAUGCUUUCAAAGUUUUUCUAGCGUGGUCCCCUGAAUAUGACACUUUUACAGUCCACAGUACUUGUCGUGGUUCACUUCUAAUGAAAAGUUCAAACAAAGAAUCAUCUGAUUUUAAGAGACUAGUUGCAGGUUGCAUUGGUAUUCUCUCCACCAUAAAUCCUCCUGAUAUUUGUGGAUUCUCACCUGCUGGAUGUGGAGACCUCCUGCUUCUCCUCAGCACCAGAUGGGUGUGCAUUAUGAAGAGGGAUGGCAGUCUAUUAAAGAUAUACAAAUUGCCUGACAAUUGCCUGGGCACUGGUGGAACACAAAAUAGCCUGAAUAUGUAUAAUGAAACCCUGGCACUAACAGUAGGCAGGACCCUCUUUUUGAUAGAUGCUAAAUGUGGUCUGGAAAUCGAGAGAAUAAGUCUGAAAAAGGAGGGCCUUCUCUUUGUAAACUCUUUGGACAGUCAAUCUCCACAGAUGCUUUCAGAGACAGGGUUAUUUAUAGUUACACCAAGAGAACUGGAUGCUAAGCCAAAUUCAAUAGCCGUUGACUCGAGUACAUUGUUGGUAGAGGCUGUGUUUGAGGAGGCAUGUAAGUAUUAUCAGCAAAGAAGUCUCAGUAGUGCACAGCUCACAGUGGAGAAGCUAAAAAAAGAAGGGAUGUUUCAAGCCCCCAUAUCGCUGGCUGCCAUCCUCGGGGAUUACCUUAGCAACCACAAGAGCAAAUCUGCAGAGAAAAAGUCCUCGGGUCAAGAGAGGUUGAUGAACUCUCUUGAAGCAGAGCUUAGGAGUCUUGUAAUGCUAGAGGACAUGAAAACAUCAAUGGUGAAGGCUUCUGAAAAAGAUGUAGAAAGCUACUGUGAAAGCCUGGUGCAGCAGGAAAUCUGCAGGCUGCUAAGCGCUGAAAUCGACAAGGAAAACCUUCAAUACCUAAACAGCAUUUUUCAACUCUUUCCCACUGAGUCCUGGCAUGCCGUGCAGGCCGCCCUGCAGUUAGAGUGCAAUGGUGAAGGUUCGUUGUCCUCUAAAGCUUCCUCUGAAUUGUGGAAGAUUAUACUCAGCCCCAUCCAGCAAACGGCAAACUUCGCUCACUGCAACAAUCAACAGAAACGCGCUACAGGUAAUGUUGUACUUCCAGUCUUUGAGCUCCUUUGCCACUCCAUCUAUAAAUUCCAGCCCGGCUGGAUGCCAAGGUUUGUUGAGCUGGCACACCAGCAGGCCGGCACUUCUUCCACCUCUUCGUGGAGUUACGGUGUUAAGGAGAGCUCUGAGAGCUUGCCACUUUACAAGAGGGCUUUAAUGGCGCUCCCAUGCAAAGACCAACACCUGGAAGUGGAGCUGCUCUUGUGCAGUCAACGGCCCAAUGCGAUAAUGCAAGCUUUACGAAUCCUCAUUGAACAGCGCAGAUGGGAGCGCGCAACGCAAGUCGCCGAGAAGUUUUGCCGCCAGAGCCCGUUUCUAAACAAGGAGAUUUUUAGCGCUCUGUUAUGUGAAGUGUCCCAGCACAGGGACCUAGACCCUUAUUUGGAUCUGUUGUGGACUCUGUGCCCAGAGGACAUGAGCGUUACGAGCAUACUCAAUAUUGUAUUGACAAACCUCCCGUCUUCAGAACAAAACUCUGGACCUUUUGAGGCUCAUGGAGGCCAGGUCACAAUCGGGCUUUUGAAACCACUGCUCAGGAAAGUUCUCCAAAGGGAAACUAAACCUAGUCAGAGGUACGCAGACAUCCUUCAGUCACCCACCCGACCUCCUCCGACUCCUCCACGUCAGGCAAAGGGACUUCCAAGACUUGGCGCUGAGCUGGACAAUGAGUUGCAGGAAACCAAGCAGAGGGCUUCCCUUGAAGCCCAAAUGACACCUCAAGCCAGUUUGGGCUGACCUUUCCAUUUCCCAAUAUCAUGCGUGUACACCUUAAUUUUUAAAGAAAGGAGACUUAUUUAAUCAUAAUUACCUGCUCUUAAAAAGUAUUAUUUACUACUGAGAAGAAAUGAUGGGUUCUUUCUGGAUCAAAUGAUAUUUCAUGAACAGUUAAAACUGUAAAGUCAUUCCUGUAAUGAGAUUAACUGCUUUAAUUAUUCCUAAUAUAAAUGUAUUAUAUGAGUUUUUGUUUGUAAAACACUUGUUCUUAACAUUUAUUUGGUUUACUUCAUUGUACGUGUUUGGCAUAUGGACAGGUCUGCAUUUUAAGUUUAACCUGUAUUUUUACCCUUCUAACCUAUCUCUAAAUCAUCACAUGGAGGCAAUGGUAUCACCCUGAUCCUAUUACAAGGUUAAAUAUCAAUACACAAUGUUUUAUUUAUUUUAGAAACUCUUGGCACUGUAAUCUCUUUUUGUUAAUCUCGCUUCUCUAUUUACAAUACACUACAGACAAUAUGCUGUUGUAAUUAUUUAAUCACAUGUGGAAGAUGUAUCACUGCUAAGACACGUAUCAGUUAUUAAUAAGGUACGUUAAAUGUACAGUAAAAUAUAACAUGCAUGCUGAUGCAUCGGACUAUUUAGAUUUGGCAGUUUGAUGAUAGGUAAAUGCUUUACAAUGCCUUACAUAUAAGGAUUGCUCUGUAUUUGCAAAUCCUUACCUUUGUGCUUUUACAGGGAUUUUAACUUUAUAAAAAACAAUUAAAUGUUAUGCAUAAUUUUGUUCCUCAGAUUUUGACCAAAACAUAUUCAGAUCUGUUUUUGGCUCGGUUAAAUGAGAAGAAAACGUUUUUAAAAAGUGAACUAAAGUGAACAAUUUCUGUCAUCACUUCCCUCACUUGCAUUGACGGUUAUUAGUACAUAAAUGACUUAUGGUUGUGUGGUCAAAGAGGGGAAUUCAGAUAUUCAUUACAGGCAGUGUGUUUCCAAUACAAAGCUUUAUAAAGUCAUUAGACUUAUGUUGACCUAGGCUGCAGCAACAUUUACAGCACUGCUUUUAAUUGAAUUUAACUUAAUUUUAUUAUGCAGUGAAUUACGGUGAGCUUCAAACUGAAACACAUUGGAAUGGUUCAGGACAGCUUUGCUCUGCAUGACUAUUUGUAUUCAAACCCAAACCCCUUAAGUUUCACAUAUUUCCCAAGUGGUAACAAAAUAGCAUGACAAAAGUAUCCAAAGCCAUACUGUAUUUAAUAUUUCAUUGUACAUUUUAAGAUCUAAAGUAACUAAAGACACUAAAAAUAGGCAUUCUGUAUCACACUGUGUGCUUGUUUUUAAAGCAAUUAAAAAUACUUUUUGACAUCAAACCUUGUUUUUUUAUUUAACCAGUCUGCUGAGAGUUGUGUGGAAACACCCUUUUAUGCAUGAUGAAUAAUCAUUCAAAUGCCUUA